UCGAGCCAAGUUCUCUUAAAGGCAACGACGUAACGGGCCUCUCCUCUGAAUAGUGCGGACGCAUCUCCAUGCCUGGGCGGAAGCGCGUACAGCGCAUGCACCAAACUCGGGCGCCCGCGCUGGGCCAGCUUUCAACCUACCCUGAGCAGAAGCGAGAGUUUCUGGAGCGCUCUCACUGGGUCUUUGUAGUGUUUGGGGAUGCAAAGUCCACAAGUAUUCAAGUGAUUGUUAAAGAGGGAGGUCUAAAGUUGAUUCAGAUCCAAGACAAUGGCACUGGAAUCAGGAAAGAAGAUCUGGAUAUUGUAUGCGAAAGGUUCACAACUAGUAAACUGCAGUCCUUUGAGGACUUAGCUAGUAUUUCUACUUACGGCUUUCGGGGCGAGGCUUUGGCCAGCAUAAGUCACGUGGCUCAUGUUACUAUUACAACCAAAACAACUGAUGGAAAGUGUGCAUACAGAGCAAGUUACUCAGAUGGAAAGCUGAAAGCUCCUCCUAAGCCAUGUGCAGGCAAUCAGGGGACCCAAAUCACGGUGGAGGACCUUUUUUAUAACAUAACCACAAGAAGAAAAGCUUUAAAAAAUCCAAGUGAAGAGUAUGGGAAAAUUUUGGAAGUUGUUGGCAGGUAUUCAGUACAUAACUCAGGCAUUAGUUUCUCAGUUAAGAAACAAGGUGAGACGGUUGCUGACAUCAGAACAUUAUCCGGUGCCACAGUUGUAGACAAUAUUCGCUCCAUCUUUGGAAAUGCUGUUAGUCGAGAAUUGAUAGAAGUUGGAUGUGAGGAUAAAACCCUGGCUUUCAAAAUGAAUGGCUACAUAUCUAAUGCAAACUACUCGGUGAAGAAGUGCAUUUUCUUACUCUUCAUCAACCAUCGUCUGGUAGAAUCAACCUCAUUGAGAAAAGCCAUAGAAAUGGUGUAUGCAGCAUAUUUGCCCAAAAACACACACCCGUUCCUAUACCUCAGUUUAGAAAUCAGCCCUCAGAAUGUGGAUGUCAAUGUGCACCCUACAAAACAUGAGGUUCACUUUCUACAUGAGGAGAGCAUCUUGGAGCGGGUGCAGCAGCACAUUGAGAGCAAGCUCUUGGGUGCCAACUCUUCCAGGAUGUACUUCACUCAGACUUUGCUACCAGGACUUGCUAGUUCCUCUGGGGAGGUAGUUAAAUCUACACCAGGUAUGACCUCCUCAUCUGCUUCUGGAAACGGUGACAAGGUCUAUGCUUACCAGAUGGUUCGUACAGAUUCUCGAGAUCAGAAGCUUGAUGCCUUUCUGCAGCCCAUGAGCAAGGCCCUGCCCAGUCAGCCCCAGGCCCAUGACCCAGGGGCUAAGGUACAUGGUUCUAGUUGCAGUGCUGGGCAGCAGGAUGAGGAGAUGCUUCAAAUCCCAGCCCCUGAGGUGGCAGCCACCAAGAGUCAGAACGUGGAAGGAGAUACAAACAAGGGUGCUUUUGAAACUACAGAAAAGAGAGCACCUGCUUCCAGCCCAGGCAAUCCCAGAAAGAGACAUCGGGAAGAUUCUGAUGUGGAAAUGAUAGAAAGUGGUUCCCAGAAGGAAAUGACAGCAGCCUGUAUCCCUCGGAGAAGGAUCAUUAACCUUACAAGUGUCCUGAGUCUCCAGGAAGAAAUCAGUGAGCGGGGACAUGAGACUCUCCGGGAGAUGUUCCAAAACCACUCCUUUGUGGGCUGUGUGAAUCCUCAGUGGGCCUUGGCACAGCAUCAGACCAAGUUAUACCUUCUGAACACCACCAAGCUCAGUGAAGAAUUGUUCUACCAGGUGCUCAUUUACGACUUUGCCAAUUUUGGUGUUUUGAGGCUAUCGGAGCCAGCACCACUCUUUGACCUUGCCAUGCUCGCCUUAGACAGUCCUGAGAGCGGCUGGACGGAAGAAGAUGGUCCCAAAGAAGGACUUGCUGAGUACAUUGUUGAGUUUCUGAAAAAGAAAGCGGAGAUGCUGGCAGACUAUUUCUCUUUGGAAAUUGAUGAGGAAGGGAACCUGAAUGGAUUACCCCUUCUGAUCGACAACUAUGUGCCCCCUUUGGAGGGACUGCCCAUCUUUAUCCUCCGACUAGCCACAGAGGAGUCUAUGGGAGUGGCAGCAACAGAGGAUGAAAGGCAGGUGUGUCCUCAUCUUCUACAGAGGACUGUCAACCGGAAACACCUAAAAUCCAACAAUCAAGAAGCAGCACAAGCAUGUUUCACAUUGACAGAACACACCAAGGCUGCUAAAAGAACUGAAAGGAAUGGUCAGGGUUGAAGAAAGGUGACACACUGCUCUCUUUACAAGUUUAUAGAACUAAAUGUCUCAAUAAAGUUUGUUUUCUAUAAAAAAAUUUUUAAAAAGAAACAAAAUAUGAACUUUAAAAAGUAAAAUAAAAUAUCUUUUUGACCCUUUUAAUCUAAUGGAGUGUUAAGGUUUGAAAUAAAUACAUUUCCAAUUUGUAAUGAGUAUUUUAAUUUAGUAACAUUUAACAUUAAUUGAGUCUGGCAAAAUAAGUAAUACUUUUCAAUGGAAAGAAUAUCUUUACCUGAGAUAGUAGCUCUUCCUUUUCUCCAGCAAGUUUUCGUAGCCGUACAUCUACCAAAAAAAGGGUUGCAAACUUAAUUUGUAAUGCGGCAGAAUAUAAACAAUUAAAGAUAAUUCCCCAAAAUCAUAAGUAGCUAAUGUCUCAUAAAAUACUUAUAGCUCUGACAAUAAAGCCUAGUAGUACUAAUUAGAAGAGUAUUUAAUUAUCCCAAAUGUACAUUCUACAUAACCAAUAUUUAUCAGGGCACCAAAUAUAUUUGCUCCAAAAAUAGGAAUUUUUCCACAAAGAGAUAAACUGAAGUACAAAAGAGGCUGUUUUCUCCUUUAAAACAAUUGGAAGCUUUCACCAGGAGAUGGACAACUCAAAAGCCAACAGUAUUUGCAGAGCCUUACACCUUCAGCAGGAGAGUUCAAAACAAGCAAGGAGGAAGACAGGGAAUAAAAAGGACAGAUGAGGGCAAGUUAGAGCAAAGAAAACAAAGGAACACAAUGCCAAAAGAAGCAACUUCCACAAAAACUAGUGGGUAGAGAGAAGGGAAUCAUCUCAGAGGACAACCAACAACCUCGGCAAUCUGGGGCUGGGCAGCAGAUAGCUAAGGCUUUCUCUAGGCCUGUAGAGAAAACUGCUUAAUCCCAAGUAGGCAUUAAAAUAUGACUAUGGGAUAAGGAAAUACCUCUAGUUCAGUUAAAAAAAAAAAAAAAGCAGCUGACAUCUGGUCCACCACCACCCACAAUUAAUAAAAGUUACAGCCAAAUGUAAAUUUUGAUUUCUUCAGCAUUUUCCAAUCAGGCAAAAGGAAACACCCUGAACUGCCUAUAGCCUUCUACUCAUUGCUUCUCUAGAUCUGCCUUUUCACUCACCCUGCAACUUCUGUUUUAUCAAAGUGCUUUAUAAUUAAUUACAUUUCUAGAAUUCUGCAGAUCAGUAAAUAUGCUUUUAAAACAUUUCAUCUUCUGCCACUGCUACAAUAUCUCUCACAUACAUAAAAAUAAAACAGCAAAUGAAAAAAAUUUGUUUCCUAAUCGUAAAAGUGAGCUGAUGAUAUAUUAUCUAUCUGCUACUUUUCACUUUCAGUAAUACUGCAGGAUUUUUCAUUGUAACAAUGGAUGGGGACCUCAGUGGUUUCCUCCCAAGAAUUAGAUUAGCAGAGGUUAACAUUUAAAGAAGCCCUUAUUUAAGAGUUACACUCCUCUAAUACGUAUUCUGAUUAUCUAUUUCCUGCCUUAAGAAAUGUAGUAGCAAAGAGUUACUAAAUCCUGGAAUAGUGAAACAAAACCAGAUAUUCAGGGAGAACCACCUAUAAACCUACUUGGAAAGUCUCUUGCCAGCCCAGAACAUCCCUAGGAUGAGCAUGCUAAACUCUCUCUGCAGUAAGUUUAUAUUAAGUUAAUAGUAGUAUGUAAAAGGCUCAUAGUGCUUCCAGUCAGGGACCUUAUAGCUAUAUUUGCUAUCUUCUAAUGACUCAUACCCUGGCGAGAUGAAGGAUGUCUGAUGACAGCGUGUCCAGAUACUUCUUGAAGAUGCAGACUCAGAUGACCUUUAAUAUGCUGUUUUUGUUUUCUGAGCUGGGAUAUAAACAAGCUAGAAGCCCAAUAACAUUAAUCCAAGACAAAAUGUAACUAGUGUCUUACCUAAUGGCCCUUCUCCUGCUGACUCCAAGACUUGAGCAGCUUCCUGGGACACAACAGUAAUGGCUCCAACCACUGGUUCAUGAUUGACAUCACCAUUGGGAGUGCCAUCAGGGAUUAUAACUAAGCCAUGUUUCUGUGUGGAAGGGAAAAAAAACAGACAGCCCACAUGGAAUCAGGAAGCUCUGUGAAGAAACUCUGCAACAAUGUGUUUGCCACAGGUAAAACCUAAUUAGAAAUAAUUAUGUAGAAAAUACCUUUGGGAAGGAAAUAACUUAUUGUACCAUACCAAAAUUGUAUUCAAGAUAAGAAAGAUGACAGGAUGGAAGGGAGGAAGGAUCUGAGCUCCAGGCUCUGCUAACAUACCUCUCCUGUCUUCACUGUUUCCUGCAGAUCAGCCAGUUCCUCUCUGAGCAUAUCUCGCUCAUUCCUAAGGCAGGCAAUGUAUUCUUUCUGUUUCUCUAGUGCCUAGUAUUAUUAGGCAGGGUAGCAAGGGAAAGAAUGGCAUAGAAAAAAAGAGCAAGUGAAAGGUAACUAAUUCAAAUAAGCAAAGAUAAAAGCAUAAAAAGCAAGGAAGCAGUUAAAAGUUUAGAAGCAAACAACUGGGAAGAAAACACAGCUAUUUGCAUACAGAUCACACAUCUCCAGAGAAGGGUUUUAGUAGAAACUGGUUCUCAUGCAUGAAUUUGGCAAUACAUGCUUAUCACAUCAACCAGGAAGACAAAUCUUUUUCCAGUCAAUGAAGAAAACAGGAAAAAGAAAAUGAAGACAACAGAGUUCAAAUUUCCUCACUGAACUCCUGCGUAUUAUUUUCAUUUGUAGAACUGAAAAAUUGACUUCAUUUAACUAAAAUAGUUUAUUCAAAAAUGUACUUGACAUUUUUAAAUAGAAAAAAUGGCUCUGGGAAAAUAUUUAGUAUAAUGUGCUAUUUUAAUAUUGGUUGUAUGGCUAUUCUCCAAGCAAUGUGGCAAAGUAUUUAAUACCACUUAAUCCAAAGACAGCUAAUCUCCAACAGGAUUCAACUAAGACUCACUUGGUCUUCUAAAGCACUUUCAAAAUGUGAAAAACAAAAACAAAACACUGAACAAAAUAGAUCCCACCUGUGGUAGAUUACAGAUUUCAGAAUCAAGUUCUUGGAUCCUGGCACAUGCUUAAUUUACGUAUGUCUCAAUUUCCUCAUCACAAAAAAAGAAUAACAGAAGCAGCCAUCUCAUAAAUGGAAGCUGAAAAGAGAUCUUAGCAUAGUGCACUGCCUAGAGUGUUUAUGACUACAGGAGACACCUCAGGGAACACGCGUUUGUACUGGCAAUUCCUCAUCUUAUCCUGAAUCUCGAAACUGUCAUAGCUUAGAAAGCAAUGCAGAAGCAGGGCUCUAUUUGGUCAUCAGUGACAUAGCAAGUCUACUUAACUGUAUAAUAAAAUAACCCAGAUUUUAAAAGGCAUUACCAAGUCACAUAGUCCAUGUAGAAACUGGAUAGCUGGGCUGUUUCAAAAAAGCCAAUUGCUACAAUUUUUCUUUUAUUAGUGUUUUCUAUCAGCAUUCUUAUUAACUGGAGAAGCUAAAUUACAACAGGUAACUGCUCGGUUUACUGUGAGAAGUAGGUCAACUAUUUACUUAUUGAUGGCAGAAUAGUUGGGCAAAUUUUUAAAAUUAUUCUAAUCCUUUGUGAUAGCCUUGUUAUUAAACUACUUGUCCCAUCCUCAUUUUGCUGAUCAGAAAAUUAAGGCUGAGAUGUGUUUUUGUUUUUGUUUUUUUUUUUUUUUUGCACAUAAGCUCGGGCCAGAAAAUAGUUUUGAAAUUAUUUUUAGUUCCAAACCACUUGCAUGCAGUUUUUUUUAAUCAUAGUCCCGUUAGGCUGUAUUAUGUUCUUUAUCCAAACUACAAUGUCAACAUCUAACUUUCCAAAAUUUGUAUUCAAACUAUAUAUGUCUGAAGGCUGCCUGCUGAAGUGAUAUUUUAAGUUUCUAGCAACAUAUAGUAUUUAAGGUAUCAAGUUAGUAUUAACACUCCACUGUAUUAACAACAAAGGAAACAUGAGAAUGAAGCACAAUACUUUCCUGUUGACAGUUACUUUACUUUCUGCUGUUUACGUAUUUUUAUUUAUUAGUAUCUACAUGCAUAGUUAUAUAAAGCAUCACCACAGGUAACUGAGCAAAAUAACCACUGCCACAACAUGCUUUAUAUAAACAGUAUCAUGGAAUAUAAAAGACUCCUUAGGAAAAGACCAAUUUGAAACUAGAAGUUCUAGCAAAUACUAGUGCAAGCCCUUUGCUCCCUCUUUCCAUGUCUGUAGCACUGGGUUUUAUUUUUAUAUUUAGACUUUUUUAAUUUCAUGUCCCCUAAUUAUACAGGAAAAUAAAAUAUACUCUGUAUAGUUGCCCAUUUCACCACAAAGUUUGAAAACUACUGAAAUAACUUAUAAUUGGAUCAAACGUAUUCACACUGGAUAUGAAAGCUGCAUUACCUGACCAUAUAAUCACUACCCUUGUGUUUGCAUACAACAAUAGUUCUUAGGCUUUUCUUUUUUAAAGUGAAAAGUACAUGUUUAUGGAGAUCUAAACAACUUUUUAUUCUUGACCAAACCUCAAAUUUAAAAGCUAAACUUCUGGGCAACAGGUUCAAUCACUAUAUAAUUGCAUAGGGAACAAAUAUAGUUGGAACGGGAAUGAAUUUGUACUGGCUAUCCAGACAUAUCCAAGUAAUGAUAAACACAUGUUCACAGCAGCUGUAUUCACAACAGCCAAAAAAGGCAGGAACAUCCUAAGUGCUCAUCAAUAGAGACAUAUGGUAUACAGACACAAUGGGAUAUUAUUCAGUCUUGAAAAGUAAGGAUAUUCUGAUACAUGCCGCAACCAUCACAAACCUGAAGGGUCAUGUGCUAAGUACAGUAAGAGAGUCACAAAUAUAAAAUUGAACAUUACAUGAUUCUACUCAUGAGAUACUGAGUAACCAAACUCAUAUAAACAAACAGAAAUGUGACAGCUAGGGGAAGGUGGGAGGCAGUUGGGAGGCAGUUGUUUACAAGGAGUACAGAGUAUUAGCUUAGAGAGAUGAAAGUGUUCUGGAGAUGGACAGUCACGAUACCAGCAAGCAAUGUGAACAUACUUAAUGCCACUGAACUGUAUUUUAACACAAUUUUUCAAAUUAAAAAUAAAAA